CCUGAUGGUCAGAUGCCUCCUGAUCAGAGUAUAGGAGGAGGAGAUGAUGCAUUUAAUACAUUUUUCUCUGAGACAGGAGCAGGGAAGCAUGUACCUCGUUGUGUAUUUUUGGAUUUGGAGCCAACAGUGGUGGAUGAAGUACGUACUGGUACAUAUCGUCAUUUAUUUCAUCCAGAGCAAUUAAUAUCAGGGAAGGAGGAUGCAGCAAAUAACUUUGCUCGUGGUCAUUAUACAAUAGGGAAGGAGAUAGUAGAUUUAUCAUUGGAUAGGAUAAGAAAGUUAGCAGAUCAAUGUACAGGAUUACAAGGAUUUUUAAUGUUUAAUGCAGUAGGAGGAGGAACAGGAUCAGGAUUAGGUUGUUUAUUAUUGGAGAGAUUAAGUGUAGAUUAUGGUAAGAAGAGUAAAUUGAAUUUUUGUUCUUGGCCAUCUCCUCAAGUAUCUACAGCAGUAGUAGAGCCAUAUAAUUCAGUAUUAUCUACACAUUCUCUUCUUGAGCAUACAGACGUAGCAGUAAUGUUGGAUAAUGAGGCAAUAUAUGAUAUAUGCAGGAGGAAUCUAGACAUAGAGAGGCCAACAUAUACUAAUCUUAAUAGAUUAAUUGCCCAAGUUAUUUCCUCUCUUACUGCCUCCUUACGAUUCGAUGGUGCACUGAAUGUAGAUGUAACAGAGUUCCAAACAAAUCUAGUUCCUUAUCCACGUAUACAUUUUAUGCUUUCUUCUUAUGCACCAAUAAUAAGUGCAGAAAAAGCAUAUCAUGAGCAAUUAAGUGUAGCAGAGAUAACGAAUAGUGCCUUUGAGCCAGCAAGCAUGAUGGCUAAGUGUGACCCUCGUCAUGGUAAAUACAUGGCUUGUUGUCUUAUGUAUAGAGGAGAUGUAGUACCUAAGGAUGUUAAUGCUGCAGUAGCUACUAUUAAGACAAAAAGAACUAUACAAUUUGUUGAUUGGUGUCCUACUGGAUUUAAAUGUGGUAUAAAUUAUCAGCCACCUACAGUAGUACCUGGUGGGGAUCUAGCUAAGGUUAUGAGGGCUGUAUGCAUGAUUAGUAAUAGUACUGCUAUUGCUGAGGUAUUUAGCCGUAUGGAUCAUAAGUUCGAUCUUAUGUAUGCUAAGAGAGCAUUUGUUCAUUGGUAUGUUGGGGAAGGAAUGGAGGAAGGAGAAUUUAGUGAGGCAAGAGAGGAUCUUGCUGCAUUAGAAAAAGAUUAUGAGGAAGUUGGUAUAGAGACUGCAGAAGGAGAAGCAGAAGAAGAAGGAUAUGGUGAUGAUUAUUAA